AUUCCAACAUGGCGGUCGAUUUGAUUUCUUCUCGAAGGCAACUUAUGGAAGCGUUAGGAGACAAUUCAGAGUCGUACUGGAAUGUUAUGAAACUAUGGUAUAAACAAAAGAUUGGCAAAGAUGAACUUGAUACACAAGCAAGACGGUGCUUAGGGAGUGGCAAUAUCCAUUUUCACAAUAACUUCCUUCUAGCAAUACUAGGUAAAUGCCAAGCCUUAGGACAAACGCCAGCUGCUCACCCUAGAACUCCUCAAAAAGCACCACAAAAACCCCAGCUGAUCAAAAAGAGUAAAAUCAGAAAGCAAAAUAGGAAGCMAGUAAAAACAAAUUUUGAGGUAAGAAUCUAACCAAUCAAUCAAUUACAAUCAAUACAUAUCAAGCCACCAAUGUUGACACAACUUGAAGAUUAUAUCAAUGAUGAAUGUGAGAUCAGUUUAUGUUCCUAUGAUCUCAUGUUACCAGAUACUGCGACCAUUCAUGGUCGUUUAUACCUUGGAGCGUGGGAUGCAGGAAUAGAUAAUGUUGCUGAUGAUACUGUGAAUUUGAUGCAGUAUGCUACUGAGUACCUUAUAAAAGACAUUCUAACUAUAUGCUGUACAAGACGAAGUACUUAUCGAUUACGAGACCAUUUUCGGUAUGCUGUUGGAACUGCAUAUCCCAGAAUGCAUCUGACRAACAGUUCAGUUAAUUGGCCCUCAGAUGAAAGGACGACAGACAGGUGUAUAGCUGGGAUAUCAAACAGUGCUAAUAGACGAACACAAGAACAAGCAGCAGCUGAAGCAGCAUUGUUAGUAUCGUCAGCUGACAGUCAACAGUCCAAAAGACCUCCUAUUUCUCCUUGUGAUUUACAGGAUUCACUACAGAUCCAUCGCCGAGUAAUAUCAUCUCACACUGUGUACGCUUCAAAUGUGGAAAGAAUUCUGUCCCGGCUAUGGCACCCAAGUCACGAAGAGAUGGAACAGAGCCAGCUACAUCGAUUAGAAUCAAAACGUCGAUACGAACGCUUAAAACAGCAAAGGAGCCUUAGACUUUAAGGCAUUUUGUAAUCUGAAAUUUUCACAUUUUUUCUAAGCAAUUCUGUUGCUUGAAGGCUUAUGAUUGCUUCUAUACCCGCCGCGCAACUUCAACUUGGUCAUGUUAGAAACACGCAGGGUUAUUGAAACCACUCGAUUUGUUAGUGAGAAAUACUCCAGGUGAAAUACUUAGGCAUUUGGUCUGCUAUUGUCUGCUACGGGUUAGGUGAAAGGAUUCUAAGAAAUAUCUACAUCUGGCUGUGUCCAACCCAAAGUCAUGAUCAGGUUUACUAUAUGAAAAGACAAAAGUCCUCAAUCUUGUGUAUAUUAAAAGGGGAUCAUUAAUUGCAAAAUGCAAAUCGGUUAUUUGAUGUUCUGCUCAUAACCUUGAUUUAUUUCAAGCAAUUGACAAUAUACUAUACUAUGAUAUACAGCUAUUUCAAAAAACGUUGUCGGAGAGAACGGCGAACGGCGAUUGUCGAAGGGAGAUUGCACGACCGAAAGGGACUAUGGUUACACUGUUUUGAUAAACAAAAUUUCACUUAUUGGAGUCACCUUGCAUAGAAAUGGAAACUAAAUGAAGCCAAUGUUUAUCGCAGACAAUCAUACAGUACAAGUCAGUUGUUGUUGCCUUUCAACUAGCAAAACCCAUGGCUACUUUCGGUCGUGCAAUCGCCGUUCGACAAUUGACAUUCGCCAUUUUAUCCGACAACUUUUUUUGAAAUAGCUAUAUUCGGAUUUUAUGCGAUUAGUGGUUUUUCAUGCUAAUUAACAUAUGCUAUGUUUUCACAAAAAACUCAAUUUUUCAUAACAUUUGCCCUUUUUAUUUUGAUGAAAAUGGUAGAAUUUUUUUAUAAUUGUGUGACAAACUCUGGCUAAGUUUAAAAAAAUUCCUUAGAGCGGAAGUCCUUUUUCGACAUUUUUUUGCCAUGUUAAUCACUUCUCCGAGACUUCGGCUCCAAGGAAUUUCUCAAAACUUGGCUAGAUUGUGUCUUAUGUUUAUAUGAAUGGAUCCGUAAGUAGUCAUCAUAAUAAAACGAACCAUUUUUCUGRAAAAUGUAGCCUGUAUUACAUCCGGAAUUCUGUACGUAACACAGGCUAUGAAAAACGAAGUUCUUGUGAAACCAGUACAUAUGUUAAUUAGCAUAUAAACUGCACCCAUUAUUUAAUAAGUUACACUGAUAUGAAAAUAUCAUAGUACUUGGGUAAAUGAUUGCUUUAAAAGUURRUCAAGUUUCACUUUAAGUGUUUGAAAGAAGCCAAAGUUAUGAGUGGAACAUCAAAUARCCUAUUCUAUUUUGCAGAUGAKUAUCUACMUUUUAAGAAAAUAGCCUUACAAAAUUCUCAACAGAUUUGUUAUUUGCGUACAUUAAAAAAAAAACAGUUUU